CCGCGCUCAGCCCGCGGGGGCGGCGCCUGCCGGCGGAAAGUGCUGAGUCACGGCCUGACGCACGGCCGCCGUCACGUGCGGCGCCGGGGUCGGGGCGGCCGCGCCGCGGCUCGGAGCGCAGAGCGCACCCGCGGCUCGGAGCGCACUCGCUCCGCUCGCUGCCGCUCCGCUCGCCUGCCCGACCUCUCCCGCUCCCUCCCUCGCUCCCUGCCGGCAUGGGGCUGCUGUCGCAGGGCUCGCCUCUGAGCUGGGAGGAGACGCGGCGGCACGCGGAGCACGUGCGGCGGCACGGCAUCCUCCAGUUUCUCCACAUCUACCGCGCCCUGCGCGACCGCCACAAGGACGUGCUCAAGUGGGGCGACGAGGUGGGUGAGACCCCGGCCGGGCGCGGCCUCCGCCGCGGCCUCCGCCGCUCGCGCAGGUGGCGGUGGGUGCGGGCCGGGCCGUGCCCGCCGCGGUGCCCGGCAGGGCCCGCUCUCGGCCGCGGCGGCUCUGCGGGAGGGGACGGUGCGGAGCUGCCCGGCGGGGCUUUGUUUACCCCGCACACACACACACACACACGCUCGCCGCCUGUCGUUGCGCAGCGCGGCUGCCCCCGUGUUAGCGCUCGUUACCAUCACGGCUGCCCCACUGUUACCCGCCUUUCCGAAACGCUAACACAACUUCCAGUGUUCCCGCCUGGCAACGGUCGGCUGGCCUGGGCAGCCCCUCGGGAGGUGCAUUCCCGGGGCGGCGAUGCCCGGCAUCGCCGGGCUUCUUCCUCGUUAUGUUCUCUGGAACGAGGUGUGAGUAAAGCAUGUGUGUGCCGAGACUCCACGGCAGUGCCAGCCCAGCCUCUGACUCGGUUUUUGGGAGGCGAGCGAGGGAAGCAGGACCGAGGAUGUGCGAGUGGCUCUGCAGUGACAGCCCGCUCGCCGCGCAUUGUCCCUCCUGGAUCCCCUCACCCAACACUCUGGAGACCAGAAUAUGGAAGUUACAUGAUUGAGGGGACACCUGGGCAGCCAUAUGGGGGAACCAUGUCUGAAUUCAACACUGUGCAAGACAACAUGAGGAAAAGACGUCAAGAGGCUGCUUCUGUCCUCAAAGAAAAUGAGGCUGUUUGCACUGUGACAUCAUUUCCAAGGUUAGGGUGUCCUGGGUUUACAGUGCCGGAAUAUAAGCCAAGACCAGUAGAAGGAGGAGCUUCAAAAUCCCUCUUUUUUCCAGAUGAAGCCAUCAAUAAACAUCCUAGAUUUAGUACACUGACCAGAAACAUUCGACACCGAAGAGGAGAGAAGGUUGUGAUAAAUGUACCAAUAUUUAAAGAUAAGAACACGCCAUCACCAUUUAUUGAAACGUUUCCUAAUGAUGAUGGAGAAGCAGCAAAGGCAGCUAAGCCAGACUUUAUAUACAUGGAUGCUAUGGGUUUUGGAAUGGGAAACUGUUGUCUCCAGGUAACAUUCCAGGCUUGCAGCAUUUCUGAAGCAAGGUAUCUCUAUGAUCAGCUAGCCACAAUUUGUCCCAUUGUGAUGGCAUUGAGUGCUGCGUCUCCAUUCUACAGAGGCUACGUGUCUGAUAUUGACUGUCGCUGGGGAGUAAUCUCUGCAUCUGUAGAUGAUCGAACACGAGAAGAGAGAGGGCUAGAGCCACUGAAGAACAACCAUUAUAGAAUCAGUAAAUCCAGAUAUGAUUCCAUAGACAGUUAUCUAUCUGAAUGUGGUGAGAAAUACAAUGACAUUGAUUUGACAAUAGACAAAGAUAUCUACGAGCACCUAAUAAAGGAAGGUAUUGACCACCUGUUGGCACAGCAUAUUGCACAUUUGUUCAUUCGAGACCCAUUGACUUUGUUUGAGGAGAGAAUACAUCUAGAUGAUGCAAAUGAAUCCGACCAUUUUGAGAAUAUUCAGUCUACAAACUGGCAGACAAUGAGGUUUAAGCCACCACCUCCCAAUUCAGAUAUUGGAUGGAGAGUGGAAUUCAGACCUAUGGAGGUCCAGUUAACAGACUUUGAAAACUCUGCAUAUGUUGUGUUUGUGGUAUUGCUAACCAGAGUGAUUCUGUCAUAUAAACUGGAUUUUCUCAUUCCUUUGUCCAAGGUGGAUGAAAACAUGAAAGUGGCCCAGAAAAGAGAUGCUGUCCGACAGGGAAUGUUUUACUUCAGGAAAGACAUAUGCAAAGGAGGAAAUGCUGUUGUGGAUGGCUGUGGCUCUGCACAGAAUGGGACAGGCACCAACACAGAAGAGUACACCUUGAUGAGCAUUGAUACAAUUAUCAAUGGAAAGGAAGGAGUCUUUCCUGGUUUGAUCCCAGUUUUGAAUUCCUAUCUUGAAAACAUGGAAGUGGAUGUGGACACAAGGUGCACCAUCCUAAACUACCUGAAGCUAAUAAAAAAGAGAGCCUCUGGAGAAUUAAUGACAGUUGCUCGAUGGAUGAGGGAAUUUAUCGCACAGCAUCCAGCCUACAAGCAAGAUAGUGUGAUAACUGAUGAAAUGAAUUACAGCCUUAUUUGGAAAUGCAACCAAAUCGCACAAGGCCAGGCAGAGUGUCCUGAACUGUUGGGGGUGGGAUUUAAUAAGAAACAAAGUGGAAACAAAACUGACUCUUUGUAAUGAAUGAAUGCUUCUUAAAUAAAAAAAAAAGUUUAAGCCUUUUAGCAAAGCAUUAGCAAAGAUGCUGUGAAUCUGGUACAGUUCGUGGUGUGAAGACCAAAACAGGGUUACUGCACUAUAAUAUGGGCCGAUCUGCCUAAAUAUUCGUUUAAGACAUCCUGAAAUAGACAUAUUCUUAUUGCUAAGGUUUAUACAAUAUACAUGUAAAUAGUAAAAUAUUUUUAUGAUUAACAUCAAUGUAUUUUAAUAACAUUGUAACUAAAGUUAUUGUGAAUUAGCUUGUAACUUUUUUAUGCUUAUUCUAGAAAGAAAAAUCGCCCUGAACAGCUUUGUAAAUGUAAUGGUACUUGUAUAUUAUAUGCAUUCCAGUUACUGAAUGUUUACUGUAAUUUUUUUAACCUGGAAUGUGCUAAGUAAUUUACCUUAUUGUGUAAGAAAAAACAAUUCUUCUGGAUCUACCUGAAUCACAGAAAAUUCUUCCUUUCAUUCGGCUUUUGAAAGUAUGUAAGAACAGAUAAAUGCGUGUGCAUCCUAAUUGUUAAUCUUUACAGCAGUUUCUCAGUUGCCACAAGACCUGCAUCUACUUUUAAACUGUAAAACUCAGAGGAACAGAUCUGUCUUUAUUCAGAUAAUGCAAGUCAGCCUGCCUGCAGAUGCAUCAUUAUUUUCUUCCGCUCUGAAAUAAAUCUAUGUGUUAUCGCAGUUCAGAAAUUUGCCCAAUGGUUUAACAAAAAAGUAGUAAUGGGAGAUGUGGUGAAAUAGAGGAGGAAAUGAGAUCUGAGCAUAAAGCUCUUUUCACUAAGAGAUACCAUCACUCUGGACUUCAGCAUUCCUUGAUUCUUGCUUCUCCCACAUUGCUGAUGUUCCCACAGUCGACAGUGACUGCAGCACAAAACCAAACUCAUGUCCGUUCUUCCUAAAGGAUGAGUUUCUUGUUUUGUCAUUCAUUACUAUAAAUAUUUUUGUCAGCAUGUUGGUUUCCUAAAAGGUACAUUAUAUUGGCAGCUGAGGGUACCUACAUAGCUGUAGUUUUGGACAAACUUAAUCCCCUCUAGAAAAUAGUUAGAAAGAGAAAUUUCGGAAUGCACUAAUCGUUUGAAUUUGGAGCAGGUGCUGGGAGUGACUGUAAAGUAUUUAAAAUUUAGCCAUUGCAACUGUAAAUAAAGCAAACUUAAAGGGGCCUUUUUGAUUUAGCUUGUUAACUGACUUCUAGAUGUGAAUUGCAUUAUGGGUAGACGAUGCAAAGCUCAAUGCAAGCAUAUAUAAAUACCUGGGGUGUAAUGAUUUUUUUAAAAGAACUAAUGGAGAAACUGCAAUGAAGAGGUGCACUAAGAAGAAGCUUUUAUGUACUGAAUUAGACUUUGUUCUGUGUUCACAGGUGUUCUUUAGAGAAUAAAAAGAAUGCUCUUUUUCUGCAGUGGUGAAUUUGUUUUACUUAAGAUGUAGGUAUAUACUGAUUUAGUUUCUGUAAUAAGGAAAUAAAAAUAAAAUUUGCAGUA